GUCACACUCCUCUCCGUGGACAGAGGAAGAUGAGGAGCCUCUCUGCUCCUCCUCACCAAACGCUCACCAACUCACAGAGGAUAAAAUAACAUGUCAAAGAAGGGGAAGACAACAGAAGAACAAGGAAAGAUGACCAGGCUGGCUCACAUGCUUGCCUUCUGGGUGACUUUCUGCGCCUUACCCGGAGCUUCUGCUGCCAACAACUAUAAUUGCAACAGCCCUUUGGUGUCCACAUUGCUGCGCUCGUCUUUUCAGAGCUCCUCGCAGUCGUCAGUCAGUUACGCCGCCCACCACGCAAAGUUGCACAGGAGAGACGGGGCCGGUGGCUGGUCUCCGGUGGCCAGCGACAAGGAACCGUGGCUCCAGUUGGACUUCAGGGAGCAGAUGGAAUUGACAGCGGUGGCCACACAGGGAUGCUACGACAGCUGGGACUGGGUCAGCUCGUACAUCGUCCUCUACAGCGACACAGGCCGAACGUGGAGACGAUAUCGCCAUGAAAAUGGCACAGAGACAUUUGUCGGGAAUGUCAAUUCAGAGGGUGUCGUCCAAAACAAGCUCUCCCACUCUUUGAGAGCCCGUUUCCUUCGAUUCGUCCCUCUGCGCUGGAAUCCAAGUGGCUGGAUCGGCCUCAGGGUGGAAGUCUAUGGCUGUUCAUAUAAGUCCUACGUGGCAGACUUUGAUGGCAGAAGCUCCUUGCUGUAUCGAUUUAACCAAAAGUCGAUGUCCACUGUGAAAGAUGUCAUCUCGCUGCUCUUUAAGAGUCAGCAGGCCAAUGGGGUUUUGCUGCAUGGCGAGGGUCAGAGAGGCGACUACAUCACUCUGGAGCUCCACCGAGGGAAACUGGACCUCUACCUCAACUUAGACGAUAACCCUCCGAGGUUGAGCGCCCCCCGCAUUGCCAUUACGGUGGGCAGCCUUUUGGACGACCAGCAUUGGCACGCCGUGCACGUGGAGCGCUUCAACAAGCACGUCAACUUCACAGUGGACGCCCACACACACCACUUCCAAACGCAAGGGGAGGCGUACUCACUGGAGGUGGACUACGAGCUGAGUUUUGGCGGAAUCCCACUUCCUGGAAAACCUGGCACAUUCCUCAGGAAGAACUUCCACGGAUGUAUGGAGAACCUUUACUACAAUGGCAUCAAUAUCAUAGACCUAGCUAAACGGCGUAAGCCACAGAUACACAGCGUGGGCAACGUGACCUUCUCGUGCUCGCAGCCCCAGCUGGCAGCUUGUACCUUCCUGAGCACCAACAGCAGCUUCCUGACACUUCCGUCAGCAGUAGUGGGGGCGUCUGCCACGGGGGGCUUCUCUGCCCGCUUCCACUUCCGCACGUGGAAUGCCGAGGGGCUGCUGCUGUCUUCACCACUCGGCCCGAGCCCCCAGAGAGUGCAAAUACACAUCCACAACGGCCGGCUGCAGCUGACCCUGCACACCUCCGGGCAUAAGUCUGAGGUCUCUCCAGAUUACACAGUCAAUGAUGGAUUGUGGCAUUCCGUGAGUCUGGAGACAAGCAAUUUCCUCAUUCGUCUGACGGUGGAUGGCGAGCCGCCGUCUGAGAUCGAAAUGUCGACGACUCUGGAAUUGAGAGGCAGCCUUUACUUUGGAGGCUGUCCCGUGACUGACUGUCAGUCUCCAGCCUUCCAGGGCUGCAUGCAGCUCAUCGCCAUCAACAGUCAACCGAUGAACCUCAAUCAUGUGCAACAAGGCAUGCUGGGAAACUAUAACCACCUUAUCUUUGACACGUGCGCCAUCACAGACAGGUGUGUCCCCAACAAGUGCGAGCAUGGCAGCCUCUGCUCACAGACGUGGAGCACCUUCUCCUGCGACUGCUCUGGAACGGGAUACUCCGGGGCGACCUGUCAUGACUCCAUCUAUGAGUCGUCCUGCGAGGCCUACCAGCUGAACGGCGGUUCAUCAGGCUUCUAUUCCAUCGACCCGGAUGGCAGUGGACCCCUAGGGGCCACUCAGGUGUACUGUAACAUGACAGAUGAGAAAGUUUGGACUGUGUUGGCCCACAACACCACAACUGCAGUCCGAGUCCAAGCUUCAUCACUGCACAGGCCUCACGUCAUGGUGCUUGACUACGGUGCCUCGCCAGAACAACUUCACACCAUUGUAUCAAGGUCGGAGCACUGCCAGCAGGAAGUGGUUUACAACUGCAAACGCUCCCGCCUUUUCAACACAAAAGAUGGCAGUCCAAUGUCGUGGUGGGUGGACCGCCGCGGUGAGAGGCGGAGCUAUUGGGGAGGAUUUCUGCCAGGAAUCCAGCAGUGUUCCUGCAGCCUAGAAGAGAAUUGUGUGGAUAUGAACUAUUUCUGCAACUGUGACGCUGACACAGACAUAUGGGCCAACGACACUGGCAUCCUCUCCUACAAAGACCACCUACCAGUCAGCCAGAUAGUGAUCGGUGAUAUUGGCAGAGUCGGCUCACAGGCCAUCUACCACAUCGGCCCUCUGCGGUGUUACGGGGACAGGUCCAUGUGGAAUGCAGCCGCUUUCUACCAGGAGUCGUCGUACCUCUACUUCCCCACCUCACCGGCCGAGCCCGCCUCAGACAUCUCCUUCUACUUCAAAACGAGCGCUCCCUCAGGAGUUUUUGUGGAGAGUCUGGGCCUAAAAGACUUUGCCAGACUGGAGCUCACCUCUCCAUCCAUGGUGUCGUUUUCCUUCGAUGUUGGAAGUGGCGCGGUGGUCCUAUCCAUCAAGUCGCACGUACUGCUGAACGACAGGCAAUGGCACUACGUGAAGGCUGAGCACAAUGUCAAGGAAGCCUCGUUGCAGGUCGACCAGCUUCCUCCACGCUUCCUGUCAGCUCCCGCAGACCAUCAGCUGCCCUUAAAGAUCAGCAGCCAGCUUUUCGUAGGCGGAACGACAUCACUGCAGCGGGGCUUCUUGGGCUGCAUGAGGAGUCUGAUGGUAAAUGGGCAGAACUUCGACCUGGAGGAACGGGCCAAAGUGACACCGGGCGUGAGUGCUGGGUGCCCCGGGUACUGCAGUGGAUCCAGCAGCCUGUGCCAUAACAGGGGACGCUGCAUCGAGAAGAGCAAUGGCUACACAUGUGAUUGUUCUCAGUCAGCCUACGCUGGAUCUUCAUGUAACCAAGAGGUGUCGGUCUCCUUUGACAAAGAGUCAUCGCUGACCUAUACACUCCAGGAGCCCUUCUCGGUGAUGCUGAACAAAAGCUUGCAGGCAGAGAGCAGCAGCAUCAGUCGGGCCAGGGAGGACUUUUCAUUCAGCUUCAUCACCUCGCAGACACCCGCCAUGCUGUUGUCUGUCAGCACCCACAGCCAGCAGUAUAUUGCUGUCAUUGUGGCCAGGAAUGGGAGUCUGCAGAUCUGGUACCACCUACAGACAGGCAGGAAGCCAGAUGUCUUCAGCCCAGCUGCCGCUAACCUGGCAGAUGGACGACUUCACCGAGUGCGAAUCCAUAGAGUGGAGGAGAAAAUCUACGUACAGGUGGACCAGGACAUCCACACAAAAUACACGCUAUCGUUUGACAGCGAACUCGUCUUGAUCAGAACUUUGACACUGGGCAAAGUCAUCAGGUUGGAUGCAUUCCACAAGGAAGUAAUCGAGGCAGCUUCAAAGGGUUUUGUGGGAUGCCUCUCAUUGGUGCAGUUCAAUGACGUGGCACUGUUGAAGGCUGCGCUGACCAAUCCCGGAAGCUCAUUGGUCACUGUGCACGGCCCGUUGGUCCAGUCGAAUUGUGGUGUGCUGGCAGACUCUUCAUCAAGAUCGUUGCAAGAUCAAACUGUGACGACAAAUAAUGGAAAGAAGAAGCAUAGCCGUGAUACACAGAAUGAUGUGGCUAUCAUAGCAGGAGUGGUCACAGCAGCAGCCUUCAUUGGCGUGUGCGCUCUAGCCGCCACGACGCGCCUCCUCUAUCAGCGACGGCAGGCCCGGCGUGACGACGUCGUCAAGCGGGAGGGCGCCACCGCCGUGUACAUGGACUACAGGACUGAGACACGCCCCCAUGGCUCGGUGCGGGAGAACAUGAAGGAAUACUACAUCUGAGCACCCAAGUCUGUUGUACUGGAGCAUCCUUCAUAAAUAACAAUUGAACGCCCGCCUCGGAAGUCUCUGAGAGACAUCCCUGGAUUGGAAAAAAAAAAAAAAGAUUAAAAGCUCAAACUGGAACGAAAACCACCAACGUGUUUCAGCAUGCGGCAGCGGUGUCUGUAUUUGAUGUAGGUGGAACUGUGAUUGCAGUUCCUCUCUUGUACACAGCAGAAGAUGAAUGUUCGCCCUGAGGGGACAGCGCUGGUGAAAAAAAAGCGCAUUAUAAGCUUUCUGACGUGUCAGAUAGUCCUACAUUUCCAUGGGAAGUCCUAAGGGGAAUAUGCACGUGGCCACCAUCGGAGAAGGAAAAACGUUGGUGCUGACUUAAAGUGUAUGAGUGCCUCAUUUAAAUACCAACCUUUUAGAAAAGGAACAUUUGAAUUUUUCUGACGCUCACCUUCGUUGUUCGGACAUUAUAACGAGCAGAGGACACAAAUUAAUCCAGGAGGCUCAGCUCUUUUGUUGACCUUGUGCACGGAUCUGAACCCCUUCAUGCUUGGGACUGUUUCUGGGUUUCAUGUUAGCUCCCUUCGGGGUAUGUACGUUUAGUUGUAGGCUGCCAAUUCCUGAAUGUGUGUUCUACCUUUGAUUGCUGUGCUCCUUCUUCUCUUAAUGUAUUCUUAAUUUUUCCAGUGUAAGGAAAAGAUGUACAUUUUAUCAGGAAGGCAACAGUGUGGCAGAUGAUUUAAACAGA